UCAUGUUUGAAUGGAGGAGCUACCGAGGAGCACGCAUGUUAGUAAUAGUGUUAGAGAGUCGUGGUUUUAUUCUCUUUUUCUGACCCAUCAGUAAACUUUGAUCUGGACUAGUACAUGGUGAGCCACAUCCCCAUCCCCAGGAAUAUCAGCCUUCGUUCUGGAGGUAAAAUGGUGAAAGGGAAACGGCGAACAAACCGUAGCAGCAAGGAUGAAAAUGCUGUGAUUAAUCACCUUGAUGGUCCUAAAGGUCCAAAGGAUUCUAGACUGGAAGCCAAGGUAGUUAAUGGCUCUUUAGCAUGCAGUAAACUGAGACACACUGGCACCACAGCUCACAAGGAAACAAAGAUGACUGCUUAUUUUUCCCCUUCAAGGUCGCCUCCAGAAGCUGAUGAUGCUGAAGUUGAAGGUGCAACAGUCAUUCAAGCAGACUGCAAGAUAGAUCCGGAAUUGACCAGUGCCCAACUAAGUCGACCUCGCCCAUCUUCAGCACCAAGCACACCAACUAAGAUGAUGAAUGGUCACAUUGCAGUUUCAGACACAGUGUCUGUUCUCACUACUCCUCCAAAACGUACUGUAUGUACACGUAGUCAGGCAUUAAAGGAAUUGCAGGUUCAGUCAUCCCCCACCUCACACAAUAGUGUACCAGUUUCUCCAAAUGCCUCCAAUAACUUAGUGCCAAGUCAAUGUCCUGGCCAUAUUGCUGCAACAUCUGCUGAUCCUGUUUUGCCAACUUUGUCUGGAUCCACUGCACCUACCUCUUCCUCUCCCACUUCUACAGAAGAUGGCACUAGUCCUCUCACAGGUCCGCCAACACCCCACAAGAUUCAAGCACUCAAUGAGGAGAGAUUACGACUUGAUUCCCCACUUUCUCCAUCAUCUGCCCUAUCUAAACUCAAGCUCUCGCUUACACCAAAGAAACUUACAUUCAAUGGCAAAACCACCAAAGCAAGAAAAAAGUUACCCACACAGAGCAGCAACCGAGUAACUACACAGAUCAAGGGUGAGAAAGCCUCCAAAGCUAAUACCACAACAGCAAAUGGAGAGGCUAAACCAGCUCUUCGAAACACCCAGUUGACAGAAUUCUUCCCAAUACGGAGGUCUGAGCGCAAACCAAAGACAACACUACUCCAAGAACGGCAGCAGGAAAUAGAAGAAAGAAUAAAGAGUGGCAGAGAAGAUGGUCUCAUGGUGAAACAUUUUGGGGCUAAAGGCCGUGGGGUAAUUACAACAAGAUGGUUUGCAAAAGGAGAGUUUGUGGUGGAGUACAUAGGAGAUCUUAUUGAUAUGCGUGAAGCCAAAGAGAGGGAGAAGAUUUAUGCACAAGAUGCCUCAAAGGGCUGCUACAACUACUACUUCACUUUCCAAAAUCAGCAAUACUGCAUUGAUGCCACAGAAGAAAGUGGUUACUUGGGACGGCUUGUGAACCACAGUCGCAAUGGAAAUCUGGUUACGAAAGCUGUUGAGGUCAGUAACCAGCCACAUUUAAUUUUAUUAGCUAAACGUGACUUGGACCCAGGAACUGAGAUCCUCUAUGACUAUGGAGAUCGGUCUAAAGAGGCGUUAGAGCAUCAUCCAUGGUUGGCAUCGUGAUUGCUAGCUGUAGAUUAUUAGAAGUGUUUUUAUAGUCUUCAUUGAUUUAUUUUGAGGUUCAUUGGGGUAAGUUGAAAGUUUUUGAACCACAAUAGUUACAGUAAUACCUCGAGUUGUCAGUAUUAUGUCUUAGGUGAAGGCAUUGUGAAAGAAUAAAUAGUUUUACUGGCAAGAAUGUAUGUAAAUAAGAUUGCAUUUUAAAGUUGGAUUUCAGUAUUUAAGGCUUAACAGAAAUAUGUAAAAAUUGGUACAGUAAUAAGAUUAAAUUUAUAUUGUUUUUUAUUUUAAAUAUCAUUAUAAUAUUACUGUUUAACCUACAGUAGAUACAAAAUUAAUUUCUCUUCCAUUUAUUUUUACCUUAGGUAUAGCUGCUCCAUCUUUAAAAUUGAAAUUGAUCUACCCCAUUGACCCUCUUAAUCUGUGAUGCAUUAAUGUCAUCUAUCUACUACUGCCAGUCACUUAUGUUCUGUAAUUAUACAUGACACAUAUAUGUCAAAUCCUUUCUAUUGUGGUUAUUACAAACUAGAAAAUUUAAUAUAUUAUAGUAUCUUAGGUAUGUAGAAGGUAUUUUGAAUUUCUACAGUCUAUAAAAUCUUGUAACAAAGUUGAUUGUUUUCAUAUAAGGUAUUUGAUAACCUGUCAGUCCAGAAACAGGGCCGGAUCCAGACUUCAGAUUUCACCGAUGCAAUCUUUCAGUGUCUGUAGUUGCAGCUAGCCCAGAUUUUGAAAAGUAUUUGGAUUUUUACACCGCAUUUUGCAAUGCCAUAUCUAUAAUAUAUAAUUAAUUAAUUUUGACUUUGAUACUUGUAUGUUUAGCCAGAUAUUUCAGCCUAUAUUUUCUCAUAAAAUAAAAUGAAAAAAGACUGUAUAUACCAAUAGUUUUAUUGAUUUACACAAUACUGUUUAUACAUUAUAGCGUUAUACAGACACACAAACACAUCAAUAAGCAUUAAAUGUACAGUACCCCCAAAAAGUAUCGUUAGUCAUGGGAUCUAUGUGAUUUGAGGCUUUCCGAGCAAUGUUACUCAACUUGUUUCUGAACAAUUGGUAUUUUUACAUUUGUAACCUUUGAGCAUGAAUGAGUACAAUAUAUAUGUUUUCGAACAAUACAUAUAUUAAUAUAACUUAAUGGUUUUCUUGUUAUACCUGUAUUGAAACAUCUAGUAUGCCAUACAAGGGCAACUCCCUCCCUCAGUCUUACCCCCAUCUCUAGCUGUUGCUGAUAGGGCGAGCAGGCAUACCAACUUAUGGUGAGGCACUGGGGAUCAUAUCAAAGCAUUUCGUUUAGCAUUUGAAAUUGUAAUGAUGGAAAAUCUAAUAAUACUUUUGGGGGACUGUACAUUAGUAAGAUAAUUAUAUGUCAUAAUUCCUUAUGAUGUCAACUAGUCCAUCCCAGAAGGAUGUACCUUAGCAAACUUUUUCACUGUAAUGUUUGCAUCAAUUUCCAUGGAAUAGUGAACAUUCAUGAGAGCAAGUCCAUUAAGAUGAUCCUGGCCCAUCAUAUUUCUGAGAUAGUUUUGAGCCUCCACACUGUUGAGACAGAGCAAUCACACUUACAAGUUGUGAUGGGUACAACACCCAGCACUAUCGUGGCAGUCUGUUGGAUGUCACUUUUUAUAUCAUGACCAGCAGCCUGGUUUUUCUGCAAGUGAUACUGUCAGACAGGCAACACAAAAUUUUCGAAUAUCUAUAAUGAAGUUUGAAAAGCAGACUGUUCACCGCUAAAUGGAUGUUAGGGAAAAACUCACAUUGUUGCCCUCUUCAGUGGAGUUAGCAAAGGACUGGCACAGUCAUCGCAACAUAAACUCCUUAGAUCCAUCACACAUGAUGUCACCUCACAUAGAUAUACUUACUUCACCUGAACACCAUCUGGAAUAUCCUUUUGAGGCAUCACCACACCUGGCUGCAGUCACCUUUGACAAUUUCAGGUAACACAUUCACCGAUUUAGGCUAAAUUGCCCCUGGAUGCAAGUAAACCAUAUAUAUAUAUCUUUGCCCUAUGUAUCAAACCUUAGUGUUAUUAAUUCAGUAAGCCAAGAUCUCAAUGUAAAUAUUGUCUUCAGAUAUACUUCCACACUUAAAUCUAUGCUGGUAAGAAAUAAAACUCAAUUGAUUCUACAGCGUAUGUGUACAGAAUUCCAUGUAAGAAAUCCUGGCAGCGAGUAUUACCUGCUGGGAUGGAUUAACCAUAAGGCUGCAGCCUUGGGCCCUCAAGGUUAGGCCUUAGUUUGUGUUUCUUAAACUUAAAUCAUUGUCACAAGUUCACAAGCUGGUUAAGCAAAUGGCUUUUGUUAUGUUUACAAGGCUUUACAGUUAUUAUAUACUAGAUUAAUUAGCCCUUUUUUAUCCAUAUAUUACAUGGUAGUACACACAUGACCCUUCUCUCUUAUCAGCCCUAAGCCCCUCACAACCUUAAUCCGGCCCUUGUUACCUGACGUUGUCAAAGGUAACCGCCGUGUGAUGCCUCUAGGGGGAAUCCCGGCUGGUGUUCAGGUGUUGUAGGUCAGGAGGUGAUGUGAGUGUAACCUUACUUGUGACCAUACCCUACCCCUAGGCCCGGCUCCUGUUAUCCCCUCCGUUGAGGAGGUUUGUCAAACCUGCCACUCGGGUAUGAAAAGUGACAGUUAGUGUCCAAAUUUGGUGGGCCAUGUAGGUCAACACUGACAUUGAGAUCAUGUUACUGAUAGGUCAAUUAUUUGACCGAUGCAUAUGAUACCUUUGCAUCGGUCAUAAUUUUUUGAGCGAUGCAAGUGCAUUGGCCUGGAUCCGGCCCUGAGAAGAAACACUACUCUCAGGUAUAGAGUAGCAAGUUUGUCCUUGCCAACAUCGAGACUGACAGUUGAAAUCUACACUUAUUGUUACACAAAAAAUAUCAUAACUUGACUACUAGGAUAAGCCGUUACUUCAGGAUUUUGUAGAUCAAUAUAAUUUUUAAAUUCUAAAAUAAAGUACUGUACUUACUUUUGCUGGAGCUCAGCUAUAAGGAAGUAUAAGUUGGUAGUGGUUCUGGAACGUAUCAUUCAGAACUUUUCCAAUAUCCAAAAAAAUAAAGAUACCUGUUUAA